GUUAAAUCUCGAAAAUAUUUAAUCUAAUAAUGAUUAAUGUAUAAAGUUCUAAUACAGUUUAAACACCGCGGUUGAAACGCGUGUUUCAUGUAUGUUGUUUUUGAGAAAAUUAGCACUUUUUCCCACUCGUUUGGCCUGUGGUGUAAAAUAUGAGUCCCCAGAAGCGCAGAGUUGAGUCUGGAGCUUUAGAAGUGAGGUUUGUGGGAGAUGAUGAUGUUCUGGAUCACAUUGUGGAGAAACAUGAAGGAUCAAAAUCUCAGGGCUCAGUACAAACCCUCGUGACGCUUAAAAGCCCUCAAAAGCCAACAACAGGGAAUGCAGAAGAAGAUGAAGAUGAGGAGGACAAUUUAAAUCAGCAUAACUACGUAGAAGCACUUGGCACUGUUACACAAGAUGGAGAUGAGAACGAAUCCACUGCCGCAGGAGCCUCUGUGUUUACUUUCCAGACCAUUAAACGCUCCAAUAAAAUGUCUCAAAUGGCAUCAGAGUGGGCACGUACCCCUGGGAAAAGUGUCACAUUUAGCACCCCUGAUAGUCCAGAGGAGCCACCCAGCCCUGCCCGUGCCACCAAGAAGUCAGCAGGUCAAAAUAAAACUCCACAAAAGGGAAAGAAGGUGCAGUUUGUUUCAACAACGCCACACAGAUUGAGAAAAAGAAUAUCAGCCCCGAACCUAAAGUCAGACAGUGACAGUGAUUUCUCCCCAUCGAACUCGGAGGAGGAUGAGGAGGAGGAUGAAGAGAAAAAAGAAGAAAAAAGUGAAGCUCAACCGAAGACCCCCAGCAAGACGAAUACUGGAGCUGCUGCGCUCUACAAGACACCUGCUAAGAAGAGCAAGAAAGUGUCGGAGCCCAGCUUGGUAGAGGAAUAUUUCGAAGCUCAUAGCAGCUCGAAGGUUCUUACAUCAGACCGGACACUCCAGAAGCUGCAGACCCCAAAACUGGAUCGAGAAACUCUUAUCAGGUUGUUGGACGGAAAGCCUUCCUGCUAUGCAGAGGAGAUCAGUCAACUUAAUAAAAAACAUGAGAAGUAUUUUAGUAAAUGGAUGCUACAGUUACAGAUGGGGUUCAACAUCCUUCUCUAUGGCCUGGGCUCCAAGAAGCUUUUACUGGAAAAAUUCCGCACUACCAUGCUGUCCGACUCUGUCCACCUGGUGGUCAAUGGAUUCUUCCCAAGCAUCACCCUUAAGUCGAUCUUAAACGCCAUCACUGGCGAGAUGCUCGAGCAUGAUGGGAGUUUCCGUACUCCGAUGGACCAAAUAGACUUCAUUGUGAAAAGCCUUAAAAAAGACCCGGAUAACCACCUGUAUCUAAUCAUUCAUAAUAUUGACGGUCCCAUGCUGCGCGGUGAGAAGAACCAGGAGGCCCUGGGUCAGCUGGCCUCUAUUCCCAACUUGCACCUGCUGGCCUCUAUAGAUCACAUCAAUGCCCCUCUCGUGUGGGACCACUCAAAGAUGUGUGUGUUUAACUGGAUGUGGUACGAGACCACCACGUUUCUGCCGUACACAGAGGAGACAUCAUACGAGAACUCCCUCCUGGUGCAGCAGACGGGCGCGCUGGCUCUCAGCUCUCUCACACACGUCCUGCGCAGUCUCACGCCCAACGCAAGAGGGAUCUUCAGACUGCUUGCUGAGUUUCAGCUGGAGAACAAAGACAACCAGUCAUAUACAGGUCUGUCGUUCCAAGACUUCUACCAGCGCUGUCGUGAGGCGUUCCUGGUGAACAGUGACAUCACACUGAGAACUCAGCUGACCGAGUUCAGGGAUCACAAGCUCAUCCGCACCAAGAAGGGAGCUGAUGGCGUGGAGUAUCUUCUGAUCCCUGUGGAUCCCGGAACCCUUACAGACUUUCUAGAGAAGGAGGAUGUGGACUGAAUGAGAUUUAGAGCCCCAGUUUAGUGAAUGGCUUCCGUUUUGACACUUAUAUUGGCAGGAGUAAGUGGAGACAGAGUGCUCUGGUGUGUGCUGUCAGAUAUUUAGUAGAAUUACGUGGGACUGUGGGGGAUAUAAAAAAACAAUCCGAUUGGAAUAAUUUUCAAGCACUUACAUGUUUGAUGACACAGAUAUUCUGGUACUUCAGCCCUAAAAGCUGAUUAUGCACAACAGAAUAUGUAAACAAUGUAUGUUAACAGUACAUUAAGUUGUAUUAUUUUGUACAGAAGUGGAAUAAAUGUGACGCACUGCAAUUUAUUUACAUUUGAAAACAGUUCAUAUACAUGCUCAAUCACAGCAAAAUGAUUUAUUAAUAUAAACGUUUACAAAAUCUGAUGCAAAAUAUACCCUGCUCAAGUGCUUUUUCUGACAUUUGUAAAGUCAGUCGCUCAUCACUUUCCACCCUCCAAACACAAGCUCACAUAAGAGACAGUGUUGUCCUGAUCAACUGGGGUAAGAAAGCCAUCCCUCCCAAACCAGCAAUCCUGACCUUUCUCUUUGUAAAGCUUGCUGUGUGUAUGCUAAGCAGGAUUUGUUAAUAGUCUGGUAACAACGUCUGUAAAUUUUAGUUUUUUUUUAAUGACAGAUUUCUAGCUGUUCGGUUACACUGCUGCUUGUUCUGCGUACUGUAAAAGUGUACGUUCAGUGCUCAGUAACUUGGAUUUUCUGUUUCUCUUUUUGUCGACUGCAAGCUUUGAGUUUGUUCUCUGUAGCACGUUGGACCAUUUUGAGCUCCUCCAUGUUCAGAUCCUUCAGGAGUAACAGCACGGCUUCCAGAGUGUGGCUCUACACAGAGAGAAUUGCGUUAAAGGUUAAAAUAUUCAGGGUCAUAAAACUACAUCUUAAAUUUCUUGUAGAUUCUUAUUUAAGGGUGCAUUACUAUUUCGUGUGUACUCUUUUAUUGCGAUAACACCCUAAGUGAUCAAAUAUCGUUUCUCUUUUUUUGUUACAUAGACAAUCAUCUCUGUGUAGAUGUCUGGAUGGUUGAUAGCACCACUGAGAUUUAGACCCGAAGCUUAGUGGUGGUGGGCUAGCGUAAUAGACAAAUAGUAAAAAGCACAAAUGCAAAAUGUCUAACCCAGCGUCUUGCCUGACUGUCAAUUACGCUGCUACAUGAGUUAUUUCAAUUAGUAAUCUUCUUCAUUCAUUGUCUCUUUUACCCACCGUUCUAUCCUGGUCAGGGUUGCGGUGGGUCUAAUUAAUUGGUCAAAAGUAAGAAAUGACCUGGACAGGCCACAAGUCCAUCACAGAGCAGACACACACAUUCACACUUAGGGCAGUUUUUAAUAGCUCUUAAUGACCUGACUGCAUGUACUGUGUGACUACAUGCAAACCACACAGAAAGUAGCCUGGAUGUGUGGCUGGUGAUUCGAACCCAAGCCCUUUCUGCUGUGAGAGGACAGUUAGUUCUGUGCUGUGAUGUAAAGAAGCACUGAUUCAUGUCAGUUCUACACAAAAACCUGAUGUGACCCCAACUUGGACUUUAUUGGAAUGUUAAAUGUUAAAUAAAUACCAAUAAUGAUAAA